UGCGAUAUGGGGGCGGCGUGGCUGCCUUGGUGGGGCCGGCUCCCGUCAGCGUCGCGUCAGUUGAGUUGGAAGCGUCAACUUGUGGAGCUAGCGUGUCUUUUAUUUAUUAUUUAUUAUUCGCGGUUUUUAAGUUUGAAGUUUGGCCAAAAAACACUCGGCAAAAAUAAAAACACAAAUUGCGCUCUCUAUUUGCUCCCAAUUAAGCGCUCCGGUCUCUUAAGCUCUCUCUCGCGGCAGCUCUUCCUCUUCCUGUUAGAAGCAGCUCUCUUUGUCGUCUCAUUCUACGCGUUCGGCGUGGCUGUUCUGCCUCUGCUUCUUCUUGCUCUUCUUCUUUGUUGUUGACGUCGCGUUGUUUUGUGCAUUUAAUUCUUAAUUUUAUUAUAUUUUUGCGGUUCAUAGAUAUUUCAGUUAGUUGUUUCAAAAGACAUGUGAUAUAAUUUGUUAAGUAUUUUAUUUAUAAAACGCGACUAGCGGGUGAGAAGUGCGAAAAGGAAGGCUGUCAGGCAGGCAGGGAAAACGACAACAAGCACCGUGGAGGAGCACAGUGGAAAAAACAACCAAGCAACAAGUUGAAAAAAUAACAACAACAAUAAGUCUGAACAGCAACAACAGCCAGGAAUUUGAAGAAAAAAAAAUGGAAUAAAAUAUAGUGAUAAUUAAUAAUUAGAAUUUUUUAAUUAAAAAACUUGAAAACAAAACAAAAACAAAAGCAUUUAAUCCAAAAAAACGAAAAACAAAGAAAAAAAUAAAUAUUUUAAUAAAUAAAUAGCAAAAAAUAAUUAUCAGUGCAUUUGAAAUAAAAAUAGUGGCAAAACAGUAGAGCUUGCCACAGAAAACAGCGAAAACGGGGCUGAUAAACGAAACAAGCAAAGAGGGGAGGCACUUGCAAACGCACAAAAGCAAAAGCACAAAAGCAAAACCAAAACGUCAGAAAAAAGAAAGAGCGAGAGCGAGUGCAAAGUAAAACCAAAGCAGCGACGCCAGCAGUGGCUUCAAAUAAAAGCAGCACAGGAGCAGAAGCAGAGGCCUAAGGCAGAAGCACUCUCUCUAUUUUUUUAUUUUUCUCAUAUUGGCUUUAUUAUGGCCUACUCCACAAACAUUCUGUUGGCGAUCGUGACGAUUCUAACGGGAAUUUUCAUCUGGUCCCGUCGCACCUACGUCUACUGGCAGCGACGUCGCGUCAAAUUCGUCCAGCCGACGCACAUUCUCGGCAACCUGUCGCGCGUCCUGCGCCUGGAGGAGUCGUUUGCGCUGCAACUUCGCCGCUUCUACUUCGAUGAACGGUUCCGGAACGAGCCGGUGGUGGGGAUCUACCUGUUCCAUCAGCCGGCCCUCCUCAUCCGCGACCUCAACCUGGCCCGGACGGUGCUCAUCGAGGACUUUGUUAGCUUCUCGAAUCGGUUCGCCAAGUGCGAUGCGAGGAGCGAUAAAAUGGGCGCCCUCAACCUCUUCCUCGCCAAGCAGCCCGAGUGGCGCGAGAUUCGCACGCGACUCGAUCCCGCGUUCGCGGGCGCCAAGCUCAAGCAGAUGUUCUCUCUGAUGGAGGAGAUCGGCUGUGACCUGGAGUGGUAUCUGAAGCGCCUGACGCGCGACCUCCGCCGUGGCGACGCGGAGCGAGGAGCCGUCGUGAGCAUCAAGGAUGUGUGCGAUCUGUACAACACGGACAUGAUCGCCAGCAUAGCUUUCGGAUUAAGAUCAUACAGCUUGAGGAAUACGCAGUCGGAGAUCGGAUCGCAUUGUCAGGACCUGUUCAAGCCGAAUGUUUGGCGGAUAAUCGACUUGUUUGUGAUCUUCUACCUGCCAAAAUUUGUGCCGCUAUUGCGGCCGAAACUUUUUACGGAGCCGCACUCGGAGUUCCUGCGACGGGUCAUCCAGCUGGUGAUCGAGGAGCGGGAGAGGGGCGGCGAUCUGCGCAACGAUCUCAUCGAACUGCUAUUAACCCUCAAGAAGGAGGCGGACCUGCAGCAGGAUAAGUCCCAUUUCACGCACCAUCGCGACUUCCUAGCCGCCCAGGCGGCGUCCUUUGAAGUGGCCGGCAUUGAGACCUGUUCCUCCAGCAUGUCCUUCGCCCUCUACGAGCUCGCCCGCCACCCCCUCAUGCAGUCCCGCCUCCGUCGGGAGAUAUGCACCGCAUUUGGAGAGUCGCCCGGGGGAAAGCUCACCUACGAAGCCAUUACCGGGAUGGAGUUCCUGGACAUGGUGGUGAAGGAGACACUGCGGAAGUAUCCCAUCGUACCGCUGCUGGAGCGGGAGUGCACGCCGAUCAACAAGAAGCGCUUCUACUCGCUGCGGCCCCACGCCGAGUGCUAUGCCCGGAGGGGCAUGCCGGCCUUCAUAUCCGUUCUGGCCAUCCACCAUGAUCCCAAGUACUGGCCGGAUCCGGAGCGCUUCGAUCCGGAACGCUUCGCCCCGGAAAGCAGGUCCCAGCACACGCCCAUGUCGUACCUCCCAUUUGGAGCUGGGCCGCACAACUGCAUCGGGAUGGGGCUGGGCCUGCUCCAGAUAAAGCUCGGACUCACCUACUUCCUCCACCAGCACCGGGUCGAGCUGUGCGAGGAGACCUGCGACCAGAUCCGCUUCGACGCCAAGUUCGCGCUGCUGGCCAGCGAGCAACGCAUUUACCUCAAGGUCGACUGUUUAUAGCCCCUCCCCCCCCCUGGAGAAGGGAGGGCGUAGGGUGGGGGUGGACCUUAACUUGUACAUAUAUACGAGAAUCAGAAGCAGCAGCAGCAGCAUUAUUUUAUGAUGAACACACCUCCCUCCGCCUCAUCAUCGAAAUUGUAAAUACUUCGUUUUAAUUUUUUUUUUUUUCUGUGUAUAGUUCGGCCUGCCUCAAAUAAACUUUGCUAUGUUCUUUUUUUUUACCUCAA